CUUCAAAACUUCAAAUUUGUUUGUGAAGGACGAAGUGCAUAAUUUUCGCAAGUUUGCAAAUACUUAUUUGUUAUUAAUUAUUAAAAAGGUUAAUUUACUGUUAAUAAUUUAUUCCGGCAACGAUAUACAGUGUAAUAUUCAUUGAAAACUUACUUUUAGUGUAAAGUUUCAAGUAAACAAAAGUUAACUUUGAUUGAGGACAUGAACAUCCAUGUUUUGUGAUAAGGAAAAAAUAAAGGUCUUUGUGUUAUUAUAAAUAAAUUUAAAAUAUUUCUUUAUAAAACAUAUUGUAAAUAUGUCUCCAAUAAACUUAAAAGUAUCGAAGCUUCUGGAGAUGUUUAAGGGGUUGAAAUCGGAUGCAGUUCCGAGGGCCCCAAGGCCAUCAACAGAGACUGCACCACCACCGUCUCAAUCUGAUGAAAAUAAUGUGAAUGGGGACCAUGACGAAGAACAGGAGGAAGAAAUAAUUAUAGAGUCAAUAUCUGACGACGAAGUAAAAAAAGAAAAGAAGUCUAAAAAGAAAAAAAAGACAAGCAGUUCGAAGAAGCCACUCACAGAUGAUGAGGAAGAGUAUACAAAGGCACAAGAAGAAAAGCGCGGCAGCGCUAGUUCAGUAAAUGUUCAAGCUAGUGGAACUGUUUGUUACAACAUAGUUAAUUCCCGUGGAGUAAGGUUGGGAAAUGACUACUAUUUUGGUCCAGUUACCACAAUGGGCCCCAAAACUGACAAGGAAAAAGAACCUGAAGAGGAACCUAUUAAAAAAGAUAAUAAUAUUCGCCUGCUUAUGGAAGCUACGAUACGGCCUGACCAUGACUAUAUGGAUUACAUAUCAAAAAACCUUGGCAAAUCGUGGAAGAAUUUCUUCAGGAAACUUGGUUACACAGAGGGAAGAAUUGAUACUGCCCAGCUAGACGCUGUACACCGUGGUUACAGCAUAAGUGAGGCUCGAUACAAACUACUAUUUGAGUGGGUGAACAACGAGGAUGAUGCAACGCUGGGACAACUGGCUACUCUAUUGUGGCGCGAAGGAGAGCGAAGCAUUGUCAAAGACCUGUCCAACAUAUACAAGAAGAGUAAAAACAAAUGAGGUUUAAGCAAAAUUCAAAGAUAUGUUAGAAUUGAAAUCAAGAGAGAUCUGGUGUCAUAGAUUUGGUAGCUUUAUUCUUGUCACUAUUGGUAUGUAAUAGUUACUUCCACUUCAACAAACAACUGGCAGUGAUGAACCUUUUUCCAAGCCAUUAUAAUCAUUCAUUGUGCAUUUAACAUUUUUGUUGUGCACUGCAAAAUAAUUUGCAUUUUAUUUUUUACUAUCUAUAAGUACUGCUUACUUAUAUAGAUAUAAUUACCUACUUGAUUUCUCUAACAUGUCUCUGUAUCAAAAUGAAACUGAUACGCUCAAUAGAAUUGCUAGUAAAAUAACUUCCAUAAAAGGCUUACAUAUAGAGUAAGGUGCUAAUUGUAAACUUCAAAAAAUAUAAUUUUAUAAAAAACUUGUGAGACAUACUAAAUUAACUAAAAAUAACGGCGCCAGUAGGCUGUGCUACGUUGCCGCGUCUGCGCACGCUGCUCAUGAUGAAGAGUCCUCUGUGACUCGAAACUAGUAGAGCUUUUCUCAAUAUAUUUACGUGAGCAGGCCGUUGUUUUUAGGUAAUUAAUAAAAUAUGACUAUUUUCUUAUACUACUUUACUCUUAUUUCUUGUAUAAAUGUGUGCCCCACAGAUAAUAUCUGUGGGGCACACUAUUGUGUUGUAUUAAAAUGAUAGGUGCUUGAUUUUAUUACUAAAAUUAAGAUGCACCUAUCCAAACUUGAGAUUUUACGACGCAAGUGUGUUAUAAGGUAUAAAUAAAUGAACUCCUUCUACUUGGCUGUAAACUGAUGACAUGUUAUAUUAUAGUUUAACUAUAACGAUACAUCACAUUGUGCAAUGCGCUAGGUUAGUGUUAAGGAUUCAUUUACGAACUCGGUAUUUUUAAAUAGGGUGAGAUUGGUAAUUAGUAAACGAAAUCUAAACUCGUAAUGGUACUCAUGAUUACUAACAACUUUCCCAAAGAAACUUUUUUGUAUAUUCAUUAGUUUUAUUUUUAUUACAAUAACAAAACAACAAACAUUUCGCGUGCACUUGCUUGCGCCCAACGAGGGCGCAAGAUUAGUAGCUAUUUUUGAGUAUGCAAAAAAAAAAUCUUUGGGAAAGUUGUUUGCAAACAUGUGUACAAUCACGUGUUUAACCCUUCGUAUGUUUGGAACGUGGAUCCACGCGAGACACAAUGUGUUUUCUAUUGUUUUCUUAUAUAAGGCAUACGAAAGGUUAAAUAUCCUUCACUAAUUACCAGUCACCUUAUACAUAUAACUUAGAGUCUGCGUUCAAAAACAGUUCCUUAUAAAAGGACCGGAAAAACGCCGCUUCCUGAUACCGUACUUAAUCAUUCAUUCAGUGUAGAUCGGUAUUCUACAUUUAGUAUCGUUUACCUGCUAAAGCCGUGACCCAACCUUCCCAGUAGGAUAUCUGUCUUACCUGUGAUGACAAUGGGCAUUCAAAAACUUUCGUUUUUAUAAAAUGAUACGUUUGGGAUUCACGGACUCUUCCUCUACGAGUUCAUAAAUGAAUCCUAAGUGAUUAUUGUGCCUUUCCUUUCAAAAAUAGAAUGGAUAAUAGAUAAGAAAUAGUUUUAAAUCAUUAUGAAGAAACUUCUAUAAUAACGCAUUCCAUUUGAUUUGUGAAAAAACGCAAUUUUAAAUUCAGACUGUAAAAUGGCUAUAAAAAUGUGUAAAUUUAUCAAAAACAAUUAUAUUUUUAAAUAUUUUUUAUUAUCAUAGGUUUAAGGGAAACAGUAAAAAAUACAUUUUGUAAUAUUAUUAUUGUAAAGAAGCUCAAUAAUGCAUUUGAUGCAUUUAUUAAAUAGAUAAUAAGGAAGGCCAAAAUGAAUCAAAUUAUUCUAAAAAAUAAACCAAUAAACAUUUUUAAUUAAAACUACUUUUGAUCUAGUCACAGAAUUGUAAAAACAAAGAGUGUUUAUUGUAAAAUAGACCUUAUGGUAUCAAAAAUAUUGUUGUCUAAAGAUUUGUAAUAAAAUAAAUUUAAUAUACAUUUUAUGAGACGUU